AUGAGUGCCUUUGCAGUCCACCUCGACCGCCUGCUGGUCCAGCUGCGCGACCUGCCCUCCUCCUCGCCUCCCCACCUCACACACCUCACAAUCCGCCUCGAGCGCGCGUACGCCGACCUGCGGGCCGUGGGAACUCCAGCACCGGCAGAACUGUUCGUCAGGCUCAGGGGCAGGUUGCAGGAGCUGGGCGAAGGGCUAAAGGAGGCGCAGACUGCGGGUCGCGAAGCGGGAGGGCCUGUCUCCUGGGGACAAUUCGAGGCCGACACGCGCCAAGUCGAACUCGAGGUUGCUGAACUGCUCGAAAGAAGCGCGGGAGCGGCUGCGACGGGGGGACGACACUCGAGGACGCCCUCCGCCGACCUCCCACGGCGAAUUCCUACGCCAUCUCAGCCUUCACCGCCCACGCCUACACAUCCAGUGACUUCAGCGAAUGCUUCUGUGGGAGCUUCGCCUGCGACGAACACGCCUGAACUACCCUCAGCCCACCCGCCCCUGCCCCUGUCAUCUCCGUCAGAUCUCUUGACGGCCUGCUCCACCUACCACAUCUGCACGGAGGGGUCCGGCCUCCUCCCUGGGCAACAGUCGUUAGGCUCGGUGUCUCGCAAGAUCUUGGCCUCGCCAUCGUACAAUUCGGAGCGUCGCGACCCUCUCCGAAGCCGCGUCGCAGAGCACCUCAAGCGCGCCUACUUCGAGCCGUUCGAAGCAGCACUCUCCUCGACUGCCUCGACAGUGGCAGAGAAGUUGAAAGCGUGGGACGAAUUGUGGCAGGACGUGAAGGACGCGGUCUUGCCGCUCGCGGAUUCGUACCUGUCCAUAAAGGAGGGCGAGGAGUCGGCCAAACGGUUCAAAGCAGAGGCGCAGGCGCCGCUCAAUCUGGUCAACCAGACUGGUUUCGAUGCAGUCGCGGCUUUGGCAAGGCUUGAGACCGUCGUCGACGUGCUCAAGCGCAACAGCGGAGCCGCCCGGAGCGAGACGAUUUCGGCGAUCUUUGACGACAUCGUCUUCGCCAAGAGCUCGUCUGAGCCGUCUCGCUCCCUUGUCGACCUUGUACGACGGGUUCUCGACUUCGUCGAAGAUCUCGAGGACGAGUUGCGGGCGGCGCAUGCCCGGAUGCUCAGGGACAAGUCGUUUCUCAGCGAUGCCGACUUGGAAAAGAUGGUGCUGGAUAGUUUGCGGCUGACUGCGCACACGGAGGAGAGGCAAAUCAUCUUGUUGGUAUUCGGCGGACCGGCAGGCGUCGUCGACAAGACGCGGGCAUGGCUCUUGCAGGAAAUGGGGUCCGAGUUGCCCUCAGGACAGCCGCCAGUCCUCUCGAAAGACUUGGUCGCAAAGUCGCUUGUCGAGAUGUUCUUUAAGGACCAGACAGUCGACUUUACCGACGAACAGAAUCGUCCUCCGCCCAUCUUCUAUAUUGCGUCAUUCGCCCUCAUCUACCUCCAGAACCAGUUCCAGGUUCUCGUCGUCGUCGCGUGUCUCGCCACGCUCGUUGGUACCGCUCCUCCCCCUUCCCGCACGUCCUCGACCCCACCGGCCAACCUCACAGCCUUCAUCGAGCGCAUCUGGACGAUCCUUCAAGCGGAAAUCGGCCCCAGUGCUUCUCCGAUAGACCCUAUGACCGGCAUGCCAUCCGCUCAGGACGACGACACUCUUCCCUCAGCAAUUCGGAUCGCCAACUUCGCCGACGAGGUCAUCUCGCACCGCCGCACCAUGCUCGUCGCGUCGGGCGCGACCCUCUCGAGCGAGGAAGAGGCAAGGUUGCGGGCUAGCGUCGAGCGGGUCUUGCGGUAUGAGGACCCGGUGUACAAGCUCCUCAAGAGCCGUCUCAAGGCGUCGGUCGAGGCAGCGCUCGUCGAUUUCGUCACGCAAGUCCCGAGUAGUGAGGCGAGCGCGCCCGGACCGUCGUCGGCGCCGACCGACUUGCGAACAGCUUACUCGAAGACUCCUGCUUCGCUUUAUGCCGCUAUACGCGCAAUCAUGCCGGGCAGCCCGCCCGGUCCGCCGCCUCGAACGCGAACGCUACACCUCCAGCCUGCGAAGGGCUUCGAGAAACCGGCUUUCUUGCGGGAGAAGGUGGAGGAGAUCGUGCGGACGCGGUUGGUCACGAACGUUUGGGAGUGGAUGGAGGAGAGCUGGAGCGACGUGAUGGGCUGA